UGCUUCACCUACUGGCAGGUUCACGUUUCCUUCUUCUCAGCUUUAAUUCACUUGACAGGUGUGAACUGUCUGAAUGUGAGCUGAGUUCAAAGCGAUGAUCACUGCGAGUUCAUGAGUGCCACGUCCUCACUGAAGACUGGGGUAGCCGCUUCCACUCAAAGACAUCUGCAGUGCGUUGGGACCAUGCACAGUACGCAGUCUGUUUUAAUCUUUCAAGGAUUUGUCGCUUCUUCAGAUGUUGCAAAGAAGAAGUGAAGACAAAACCGCAGAGUCCAAGGUCUCCGUCGCUGCAUCAAUUGAGACCUUCACCGCUCAGAGAACACCCAAUCGUUCGAUGGGCUCCGGAUGAAAUUCUUUCUGGAAGACCUCCGCCCAGGUUUCAAGUUCCCAUCGUAACUGGUAGCAUUUGACCUAGGCCUUCGGCCAGGACCAAUCCAUUUGACCUAGCAACCUAGCAACCUAGCGACAUCGAUCGUCACCGACCUGAACAAAUCCGCUUGGGUGGGAGACGAGUGUCGUGCUGCGUGGUGAUGAAUGGCGCAGUGCUGCGAAGGACUUUUAAGAGUUCACGAAGCCAGUCCAGUGGCCAAUGAAACAGAUCACCUGAAGGCGGGAGGUUGGAAAUGACCUCAACACCACCAAAGGCAUCGCAUGCAUUCCUCUUCGAGCUUGGAGCGUGUUUGGAAAGCUUAGGCUCAAACCCCUCAGUGUUGUGUGUGGGUCGGAUGCAUUGCUAGGAGGAGAACCAAGAGCAGCGCGGCUCUUCCACCACCGGCUCAGGUGGGUGCAGGUUCAGGGGCAAAGCCGCGUGCAGCGGAGGGUAUGCCACCAGGCCCCACGCAGCCACUUAAGGACCAGGAGAGCCUGCCAGAUGAAACUCCAUUGGAGCAACUGCUAGAGAUGGAGACAGACUUACUGGAGGAGUCCGAAAGCGAGGAAGACGAGGCCAUUGACAUUUUUGUGCACCGGUCGAAGAAGACCUGGGUGAUCACCCCUCUGUCUGGACGCCUUGAGUUAAGGUCACCACGGUCAGACGGUCUGCCUCCACCAGGCUGCACGGGCGUCAUUUGGCGGCUGGACGAGGGUGUCCUCAGAUCUGCCCAGGACUUUAGAGAGGAGGAGCGCGAGGAUAUGACCAGUUUCGAUCAAUGCUUGGGACGAUCUGUUUCGCGGAGGCUCCAGAAGGUGAGCUCGGGGAUGCGGCGCUUGCGUGGCGUCACCGAGAAGCUGGAGGAGAAGUUGGCACAGUUUCAAGAGGAGAAGCUCGAACUGGAAAGAAAGCAGCGGCGGGUGAACAAAAGCAUUGAGGAGUCGGCCAAAGAGCAUGCCGAACUCACAUCAAUGCGUGAGAAGAUUCUGGAGGAUCAGAACAAAUUGAAGGAAGAGAGAGCUCGCUUUGACGAAGAGGUUCGACAGACCACUGAUGAGUUGGCAAAAUCCAAGAGGGCGCUUUCUGCUGGUCAUUGUGCUGUCCUACCUCCUCAUGUCCUUUUCCUUGCAGCCCAGGACGAAUUUGUGAGGGCUUCACCCGACCUGAACGAAGUUGAUCAGGCAUCACUGCAGUCCAUGCGAGCGAAACCUGAGGCUGCCUUCUCAGCAGCCUGUUCGCUCUUCUUCACGGGCGGGAGCGCAGGAGCUGAUGCAUUGGUAGGGGCCUUGCUUGCCAGCCAGUCCUUGCUUGACGCACAGGCUCCUCGGAUCUUCCAAUCGCUGGAGCAGUUGCUGGGUCUCUCACAGGCCGUCGCGCGGGCGGCGAAUGUGGAUGGUCGAAUGCGGCUCUCCUUUGCAGCAUCUUCCUGCACAUUGUGGUGCAGCUGGCAACUGUCUGACUACUUGUCACGAAAGUGGGAGGAGGUGAAUGUCUCUGACACACCCGAGGAUUUGGAUGAGGAGAAAGAUUCCAGUCACCACCUGAGUGUACUGAACCGGCGCAUUAAGCUCCUUGCUCAAGCAGGCUCUUCCCUGAGACGAAGUGUCAAGACCUCCGCUGACUAUUGGGAUCACAGGCGACGCUUCAUUCGGUGCUUGGCGAAGCCAGGUGGAGGUGGUGCGAGCGAAGCGGACCUGCGCUUGCUCUUUCUACCUCGAGAUGCCAAAGCAACAGAGCUUGCAGCUCAUGUGCGACGGCUGAGUGGUGUGGUGGAAGACCUGGUGGUUAUGUCGAGCCGCAAGCGGAGCCUCGAGGCAGCACUACCACCCAAAAGGCCAAGUGAGUCCGGGCGGGAGUGGCGGCCUCAGCCCCGACCCUCAUCCAUCCGAUGAGAGGCAAGAUUCAGCCCACGGGAAUGCCACAGCUUCUUUUGGUCUUGUUUCUAUUAGCUUCUUGUUUCU